AUGGCUUCAAUGAAUUAUUGUUUUACUAUUUGUCGUGCAACUGAAGAAAAAGCUCAACAAAAAAAUCAUUCCAACGCAUCAUCAUCUAUUGAUAUUCCUGAUUCACCAUCAUCUAAUACCGGUGCUUAUUUCUUUGGACGGUUUUUUUCAUUUGGUUUAACACCACCCACAUCUACAUCAACAAUCGUUAAUCCAUUUGUUGACAAAGCAACGAAUCAUUAA